UUGUUGUCGCCCCGCCCCGCGCGGCCAUGGGGGAUGACACGGGGCUGGGGGACGGGCCGGGGCUGGGGGACGGGCCGGGGCUGCGGCUCGGCUUUAACCCGCGCUGGGUCCGCAUCGAGACCGACGACGAGGACGAGGAGGAACCGGAGCAGCGCUUCGUGCCGCCCGGCCCGGCCUUCAUCCCGCCCAUCCCGGUUAUCCCCGUUAUCCCGCCCGUCCCCCCCGCCCCGCUGUGUCUCUAUGGGCCGCUCCCGGUUCCGCCGUUUCCCCCCCCGCGCCGUUUCCCGGCCGUGGACCCGGAGCCGCGUGAACUGAGCGCGACGUGGGGGCAGCGCGUCACGGCCGAGGAGGCGGAACGGAACGCGCUGGAGCUGCUGGCGGAGGAGGAUCGAGAGAAGAGGAAAGCGGAGAAAAAGAAACUGAAGAAGAAGAAGCAGAAGGACAGGAGGAAACAGGAGAAGCUGGAGCAGGAGCUGAGGAGCAAACAGGCGGCUGCGUCGAGCACCACGUCCCUGCCCGGUGCUGCUCCUGGGGACACCGGUGGCAUCGAGGAGGAGAGCGGCUGCCUGACCAGCUGCCCACAGCACCUCCAGGAUCGUGCAGAGGAGGGACUGGGGGACCUGGAGGGCAUAGAGGAUGAACUGGACUUGAGCUGCAGUUUUGUCGUCAAAGCUUGGCAGAAGGCUGGCGUGAAGCUGCCGCCACCUGCAAGAGAGAAAUCAGUCAGAGCUGAUGCUGCAGAGCCCAGAAAGAGGCUGCAGGAGGGGGAGCCUGACCCCCCACUGUCCUGCGUGGUUGCCCCACUGGAGCCUGACCCCCCACUGUCCUGCGUGGUUGCCCCACUGGAGCCUGAACCCCCGCUGUCCUGCGUGGUUGCCCCACUGGAGCCUGACCCCCCGCUGCCCUGCGUGGUUGCCCCACAGGCAUCCAAGCCUGAGCCUGCAACCCUGGACUCGAACAUGUUGGAGCAGAGCAUGAUCCUUGCAGGCUGUGGCAACCAGGCUGCCAUGCAGGGACGCUACACAGAGGCUGUGCAGGCCUUCACCGAGGCCAUAAAGCUGAACCCCAGGGAGCACCGGCUCUUUGGGAACCGGUCCUACUGCUAUGAAAAGCUCCAGCAGUACCAGGAGGCGCUGAGGGACGCAGAGAUGGCCCUGGGGCUGCAGCCCAACUGGCCCAAAGGCUUCUUCCGCAAGGGCAAGGCGCUGUGGGGGCUGCAGCGCUACGCCGAGGCCACGGACACCUUUAAGCAGCUGCUGCGCCUGGAGGGCACAAACGCUGAUGUAAGCACCCAGCUGGAGGCCUGCCACAUGCUGCUGCAGCAGAGCAGCCUCCGCGAUGCCAGCGGUCCCAGGGACGUCCCCGUGCUGGAAGCUGGGGAGCCGCUGCCACCCACCUCUGCAGGUGGGUGUGUGAACGGGAGCUGCGGCCACGGGGACACGAGCGGCUUCGUGACCGUAGUGAACUCAAGGAGCCACUCAAAAAACCACACGCGGACCACAGCCACAGCGAGCCCCAAGGACACGCUGCCUUCACAGCACCCUGCCAGGGACUGCUUUCCUCUGUGGGUUGGAAAUCUCACCGUCAAGAUCACCAGGGAAGUGCUGCAGAGCUGCUUCAGCCGGUUUGGGCAGAUCCAUUCCAUCCGGGUGAUCCCGGACAAGUUCUGCGCCUUCAUCAACUUCCAGCACAAGGCGGCGGCAGAAGCUGCGUUCAGGGCGAUGCAGGGCUCUGACCUGGGGGGCUGCCGGCUGGCGCUGCAGCUCAAGCACCCGUCCCACGCCACGCCGCCGCCCCGGCAGCGCCCGUAGCCUCCCCCGUGUUCGCUGCUGAGCCGGGAACCUUCCUCGUGUCUCGGGGUGCGGCGCGGGACCCCGCCGGGCGCUGCCGGACCCACGGAGGAGCCCGGAGCGCUGCGGGAGCUCAGGGCCGCACGCCGGGCUUUGGAGCCUCGCUCCUGCCGCAGCCUCACGUGCCUUCUCCCCGCAGCGGCCCGGCCCCGUCCCGCUGCCCCACCGCUCCUACCUCGUGCCCCAUCGUGGCUGUGCCUCGGGCCGGUCCGGGGGGGUCGGUACCCACAGGGGCAGCCCCUUCCUUCGGGGCUGUGCUCCUGCUUCGGGUUUCUUAAUAAAAAAGAACUGACAGUGC